AUGGUGGGCGGCAAUGUCCGUCCGUCACUCUUCAUUGUCACGGCUGCCGUGGCAUUAGUACCAUUGACAACGGCCAUUUUCACAACUGCUGGAUCACCAUGCGCUCAAUAUUGCGGCAACACUCUAGGAGCAACGGCCGGGGAUGAAACUGUGUGCACACAGGACGAAUAUGACAUGACCAACGCAGGAGCCGUGUACAAGGCGUGUAUGCAAUGCCAGAUGACGAGUGAAUACAGUCAAGGGAACGAGACAGAUGUCAAGUCAUUCCUAUAUAACCUCCGAUAUAAUCUUGCUUAUUGUCUGUGGGGUCAGCCACGUAAUCCCCAUCCAGAGGCUGGAAAUAACCCUUGCAUUACCAGUAAGGCAUGUGAGCCUCUCAAGGACUCGGUCUUAUGGCAAAAUAUGACCACCAGUACCGGCGCGUUUAGCUACUGUGAUGAUUGGGAUGACCAGGCCGUUACUCAGUGCAAUCAUUGUCUGGCAAAUUACGACGUGGGAGGGAACUAUUUGGUGAACUACGUCACUCUAUUGAACGCAUCCUGCACCCAAAGGCCCGAGGUAGGCUCAACCAUAUCCUUCCGCGGCGACCCCUUUGCCAACGAGUUCAACAAUGUCACCAUCACCGAGCCAGAGCCAAAGGGCCUCCCCCUGCCGGACUAUGGCCCGAUAUCUUUGGGCGCGCGUGUCGGCAUAGCCUUCGGUGGGCUUGCUCUCAUCCUGGCCAUUUUGGGCUUUGUCAUUGUUUGCAACGGAAAACGGCGAAGGCGCCGCUUUUUGCGUGAACUCCAAAGUCGCAAUGCCGGACAGGGAUGGCCUCAUCCCAAGACGAGGCAUGCGGGUCAUGGCGGCAGCGGCGGCGGGGAGAUUUCCGAGACACCUCUCAGCCAGAGGCCGCUCAGGGGGUGGGACGAGAGUCCCAUCAGCGCACAUACGGACGGACCGGCCCUGCCGCGGUAUUUCAGCCCAUACUCGAGCCAGUACAACAGUCCUGUCAGCGCAACAGACGGACUGCCAGCAUCGGGCAUGCAGUGGCCGGGCACGCACCAGCGGUUGGGCCAGAUCGAAGAGCGAUUAUCGCCCGCUGGCUCUUCGGUCGCAAACGGAGCGUCUCCGCCACCUCCACCCUUUUCUCAGUGGCCCAGCCCCAUCACGCAGCAGAGCAUGAUGGCACACUUGCAAAGCCAACAUGAGCAGCGGCAACGGGAGAUUGCAGUUGGCAUUGCGCUGGGUGGUGAAGACGCCAGUUUGCGAUCCAAGCCGUCAAACUCCAACCUAGGAUACGAGAGUAGCGGGAAGGGCAAGGGGCGAGAUGAGAUGUACGAAAUGCACGAGGUGGAGAGUCCCUACAAUAACAACAAUACCGGCAACGCUGGUGGCGAUGGCGCAGGAGGGUACUACCAAAUGCCGGCUCAGCCUCAGGCACCGGUCCUGCAUCACCCGGGCUACGGAAGAGCUCAUGGAUCCAGGCCGGGCUCGAACGGGUCAGCAAAAAGUGCUCAGAGGGCGGAAACCGGCCUGGGAGUCAUGCAACAACAAUCCUUCCAGCAACACUUGCAACAGAAGCAACAGGAGAACGGAUGGACGGAGGUAGGAGUAACUAGGGGACAUGUGUCAUAGCGCUCACCACCACCCAAACGGGUAAUAUUCAUUUCUUUUGUUGGCGAGGUCUACGGUUGGGACAAGUACAAAUAUCCUGGAGUUCGGAUGGAGUUUGGGUGGGAAGAAACCGAUGAUUGGGCUACGGGUAGCCUAUUUACGCACCGACCGACGUCACAGAUGCUCUUCAUGGGCUGAUUUGAAGGCCCUGGAAUCACAGGUGCAAGCCAGGAUUGCUUCACCACUGUAGUCGACCUGAGUGUCCGCAUCAAUGAAAAUCAAAAGACCAAAUUUGUCGAGU